AGAACCGGGCGGGCCGGGCUCCGCCGUAGCCUGGUAACCGCGGCUCGGCGGGCGGAGGGCGGCCCCGGCAGCGCCGCGGUCAGGUGGCAGCCCCGGAGACGGAGCCCGGCUGCCGCCCGAUAAAAACUCCUGCCCCACCGCUGCCCGCCCGGGAGCGCGGAGGAUCCGCCGAGGAACCAUGCACACCACUGGACACACUCUGUGAGACAUCUCCUCUCCAGCCGCCCGCAGCAUCCCCGUCUCCACCCGUGGUUUGCAGCAGCAGUUUGGUACCUACCUGACUUAGCGGAAGAAGCUCUCGCACCACCAGCCCAAACAAUCCUUCCCUUGGCUGAAGAUCCCGUUGAGUCUCUUCCCAUAAUGGAAGUGUGAGUGCCAAGCUCCUCCAUGACCUCCAGAAGCCACAACUCCUUACCGAGGACUCUGAUGGCUCCACGAAUGCUUUCCGAAAGCACCCUGGGGGGCAUCGCCCAAAUCACCCCCUCCCUCUACCUGAGCCGGGGCAGCGUCGCUUCCAACCGGCACCUGCUCCUCUCCCGGGGGGUCACCUGCGUCAUCAACGCCACCAUCGAGAUCCCCAACUUUAACUGGCCCCAGUUUGAGUACGUGAAAGUGCCUUUGGCCGACAUGCCCAACGCCCCCAUCUCCCUCUACUUCGACAGCGUCGCCGACAAGAUCAACAGCGUGGCGCGGAAGCACGGCGCCACCUUGGUCCAUUGCGCCGCCGGCGUCAGCAGGUCGGCCACCCUCUGCAUCGCCUACCUGAUGAAGUACCACAAGGUCUCCCUCUUCGAGGCGUACAACUGGGUCAAAUCCAGGCGCCCCAUUAUACGCCCCAACGUGGGCUUCUGGAGGCAACUGAUAGACUACGAGAGGAAGCUCUUUGGGAAGACGACGGUUAAAAUGGUACAGACACCGUAUGGCAUCAUCCCAGACCUUUACGAGAGAGAGAGGAGACCCCUGAUGCCUUACUGGGGAAUUUAAUGUGACUGCAGAUGGGAAGCACAACGGAAGGGACACGCUGUUCUGAGUCGACCAGACUGGGGACAUUCCCUUCUCCUUCUACAGCCAACUUUGGUUCUUUACCAUACAGCAGAACCUCAACUAAUUCUCACCUCACCCGCAAGGCCAACGAUUCCCUUCAAAGCGUUUCUCUCUACAGGGAUCCCCCCAUCCGCACUUCUCUGAUUUAGCAGAACGAGGUCUCCUUCUAAGUUUAUUCCUUUCCAUAAGGCCUCCUUCCCUUUUUUAGUCAAUUUAUUAGUACCCUACAAGGAAAGGCCCAAGAGGCGUUUGGCAGAGUUAAUGAACAAAGCGCGCUUUGUGAUGCGGUAGCCUGGAUGUUUUGUUAAUAGCUUGUUUGCUUCCUUGCAAAAUCCUGUAGUGGCUAGGGAGCAGCACUAGCACAGAGCCAGCAAGGCCCUUCUCCCUGGCAGUGGGUUUUUCCAAGAGCCAGGAAGGCAGGUGUGCAGGGUUGGGGUGCUAGUGCUGGUGUUUUCUUUAACAUCUGUAGUGACUCUCAGUAUAUAGUGUUUGAGAUCUUUAGUCAGCUCUUAAUCUGUAUUAAAAGUAAAAAAAAAAAAAAACACAAAACACAAUGGAAAAACGAACAAAAAAAAAAAAGAGUGAAGUCAGUCUGUGUCGGCCACAAGUAAAAUAAAAUUUGAAAUAUUCAGAUUAAAUAAAUAUGAGAUCUUUUUUUUUUUUUUCCACUCAUUCCAUGCCAGGGCAGUAGUCCUGGAAUACACUUACAGUACCUGAAAAAUGCUGGUGUGUUUUGUGGGUGGAAAGUAAACAGAGAUCUUGUCCAAACGUGGCUCAAGACAGACAGGAGAGGUUAACCCUCCCUGCACUGACACCCAAAGAAACCUUCAGGAACCUGUCUGUGCGUGGCCACCUGCCAAAGGGGCUGGGCUGUGUUAGCUCAGAGUCAGUCACCCAGUCAGUGGAAAGUAGGCAAAACCGCUCCAUUACUUAGCUCCAAGUAUGGUUGUGAUCUGCCUUAGCCCAUUUCUCAGUCACUUUCUGAUGUCCUCAAGGUUAUGUUGCAAUCUAGAAUUACUCUGCACAACCGGCGAUCCGUCCCACCUCCCGGACAAGGAUGGUUUUCCAGAGGAGGCUUUGCCUUGUUCUGCCUGUGACAAGAACGAUUCCAACCUGAGAGGUGGGAGAAGCCUUGCCCUGGCAUUGCUGCUGCCUCCUGCCCACUGGUCCCCUCCCCGUGGGGCAGGGAUUGGUUUUGUUGGAUUGUACCUGGCCCACCAGGACAGCAGGGCAAGUCCUCCGUGAGACAUUCGUGUCCUCCUCUGUUGCAUCUCUGAAGGAGGAGUAGGCAGAUUGCUGGAUGUCAGAUAGCUAUCUGAUUUAAAUGAGAUUCUAUACUUGUAAAAAAAAAAAAA